UGGAAAAAAAAAAUCCUGAUUUCUUAUUUCUUACCUCUGUGGAGAGUGGCUGGUUUCCUCCGACAGUCUGGAGUGAGGGUUUGGUGGCAUCCCCCCCGCCACCCCCACUAUGGAUCACUCCCUCUUUGGUUGUUUACGCAGCCCUCACACAUCAGCUCAGGAUUUACUUCCUGCCAUGACCCCGUUGCCUCUACACAGUCACAGUAACCUCUCGGCUCGCUGCGGCUUCCAAGAAGUAGAAGACGAUGACGUGCUUCAUGAUGCAGCUCAUCAGGUCCACAUUCCCCAGCAGUCCUCCUCGUGGCUCAUCUCUCAGCAGAUUCCCUCCCCUUCCCUCAGUUUGCCGCCACUUGAGAAUAUCGCUUCAGAACAGUCCUCCGCGGAUCGAAAUUUGUGCGGUACCGAACCCGGCGGGGAACUUUCCGGAACAUCCUGUGAGGAGUACAGUCAGAAGAGUCUGUCAUCGGAUGAAACUGACGCGAUGACUCCCAAAGAGUCCCAAGACGGGGGCUAUAAGUCAGACAUGACCAACAAGCCCAGAAAGGAACGCACGGCCUUCACAAAAGAACAGAUUCAGGAACUGGAGUCCGAAUUUGCACACCACAACUAUUUGACCAGACUGAGACGCUACGAAAUAGCGGUCAACCUGGACCUGACUGAACGACAAGUGAAGGUCUGGUUCCAGAACAGGAGGAUGAAGUGGAAGCGCGUUAAGUGUGGCCAACAGGGGGCAGAAGCGCUCGAGCGAGAACUGAAAAACGUCAAAAAGGGGAUAUUGUUGCCGUCAGAAAUUUCGGGUAUUGAGGGACUACAACGUUCGGCGAGCUCACCCAGAACAGUGACUGAUGAUGAGAGCCCAGACAGCGACCUGAGCUCAGAACAUCCUUACCUAUGACGUUUGAUUUCACCCUAAAAAAAAGUGUUGCUGGAUGGUGUCGAAUAUACAACGGACUAUGCACAGGAUUGCUUUUCUUUUUACAAUUCGAGGUGGCACAUUUAAAUUGACCGAUUACAUCAUUUUGAGCUAUUUGGGGACAUGCCGAUAAAGUUUCAUGAAAUUUG